GCUCCAAUAGCAGAAGAGGAUGCUUGUGUUGGCAGCAGGGAGCCGGAGCAGCACUGUGAAUGAGGACUUCUGUUUUGCUCCUUAGCUGACAGUUGUGCUACUGUAGUAGCGUGACUGAGGCAGCUACUGUGGGCAGGUUGGGUAUGGGGAAAGCUCUCUGGAGUAAUAGAAGUGUUUGAAAAUGUGGAUUUAAGGCAAGGUGUACAUUUGAGAGAAGGGACAGCGACUGCAAUGUGCUGCUAAGAAUAUUUUUUUGUGUGUGCAAUUGUGUGAUUUUUAACCACUGGGGAUGUGCAGCUGGCUAUCGGAAAGCCUUUUACUUCUCACAGUCUUUGGGAGGUCAGCAAGAGGGAGAGAGAAAACCCACCCUAAAGACGGGUAUCAAUCUUGCCUAACCUGGCACAUGCCAGAAGAUACCUGGUCUGGAUGCCAAACCGGUCUGUUGAAUCGAUAUGCCUAUGAAAAGUGGGCUCUGAAUAACCACUUGGAGAAGACUAUUUUAAUGGGGAUUGCAGCUGAAACAGUCAUCUGUUGGUCUGGAUAUAUUUUUACAGCCACACUUACUUUGUGAACUUUUCUGUAUGAGUUUUAGAUAAUGCUUCCCAAUAUAAGUUGGUUCUACCCAGUGUGUUGCACAGUGUGACAUACUUUCCUUACCACUGACCGUACCUCACUUAGCCUUAAGCUGGCUUGUCCAUACCUCCCACACUGCACAGCUUGCACCACCAAUAUGCGGCGUUCCAGCACUGACGAAUCAACAUACCACCGUAGCCCCUCGCUGGAGAGCAAGGAUUACUCACUGCCACACAUGACCUUUCGUCGUUGCAGCAGCUCAUAUGCAAACCAGUUUGGGGCCCAUAACUCCAUAUUUGGCUUCCACACAAACCCAGGCCCCAAAGCUACUAAGGCAAAGUACACUUCACCAAAGGGCAACAAGUAUGUGGUGUUUUAUCUGGAUCUUUCCUUCAUCUUCCUUCUAGAGUUGAAGAGGUGCAGCAUGGCGCGCAACUGCCUGCAGUGCAUCAAGUACCUGAUGUUCAUCUUCAACUUGCUGUUUUGGCUUGGAGGAUGUGGAAUAUUAGGAGUUGGUAUCUGGUUAGCAGUCACCCAAGGGAACUUUGCCACACUGUCAACAUCCUUCCCUUCCCUUUCAGCAGCCAACCUUCUCAUCGCAGCAGGAUGUCUUAUUAUGGUGGUUGGAUUCCUGGGCUGCAUUGGGGCCAUCAAGGAGCACAAGUGCCUACUCUUGAGUUUUUUCAUUCUCCUUUUGGUUAUUUUCGUGCUUGAGAUGGUGGCAGUCAUUCUGUUCUUUGCCUAUAAGGAUGAGAUUGACAGUUAUGCCCAGAAUGAUUUGAAGGCUGGCCUCCGGUUCUAUGGUUCUGAAGGGAACAUUGGCCUAACAAACGCAUGGAGCAUUAUUCAGACUGAUUUCCGAUGCUGUGGGGUCUCCAACUACACUGACUGGUUUGAGCUCUACAAUACAACACGUGUCCCCGACUCCUGCUGCCUGGAGUAUAGCGAACACUGUGGCUUGCACUCACCUGGGACGUGGUGGAAAGCGCCCUGCUAUGAAAGAGUCAAAACGUGGCUGCAGGAAAACCUUUUGGCUGUGGCCGUCUUUGGCUUGUGCAUCAUCCUUAUACAGGUACUCGGCCUGGCAUUUGCCAUGACAAUGUACUGCCAAGUAGUGAAAACAGACACCUUCUACGCUUAAGGGCCACACCAUUUUUUUUUUUUUUAUUAUUUUUUUUUUAUUUUAACAGAAGCAUGGAUGUCACAUACAGACUCCUAAUUUCUUUGUUGCUGUCAGUUGCUUUCCAUCCUUCACCUUCUAAUUCACAUUACAUUUCAAUGGCUGCAGUUCCUUGAUGAGCAGUGUGAUCACACAGGAAGAACAGCUCUGUAGCUGGAGGUCCCUGGAAAGAAAGGAAUAAGCUGGCACAUUUUUUUUUUCCUGCAGAGUACAGAAGCUCUAGGGAGGUGGUUCAGUUUCCUGAUACCUAUGCUUACAUUUCAUUGCAUUUUUGCCAUGGUUUCAGACCACCACAUGCCAUGGGAUUUAUACAGCCUAACAAUAAUGCUUUCACUUUAAGGAAAAAGUAUAUACUAUUAAAGUUGUAGCUUUUAAAAUUAAGAGUAUAUGUUUCUAAGUGUGAAGAAGAAUUUUCCAAUGUCUGAUUCCCCAGAAAAGCCAAUCAAGUAAUUAAGGACAGGAGAAGAAUCUAAUUAGUGGCAAAAAAAAAAAAAAAUGGACUGCUGUGGCAGACACCUGUCACCUUGUUUAACUUUGGCGCCAUCUGAUGGCUGAAGCUGCACUAUUUAUUUUCUCUCCAAGAAUUCUUCGUAGUCCUGGAAUUUGUUUGGUACAUCACUAAGGGGAGGGCUGAGGUCUUAGUGGAGAAGAAGCAAUGAUGGAGACACCUGUGAAGCCCACAGGAUAUCUACUGACUUCUUAGUACCACAAGAAUACUUUUAUUUUUGAAGAGGAUUUUACAAUUUCCUUGAUUUUCUUUAUAUGAGCAUUUGUAUAUUAAAUGAAUUGUAAAACACUUUGUUAUUGAAACAGCCAAGCAUUCCUGUCAAAAGAGUUCCACUAGACGUCCCCACUUUGUUGUCUUGUCUGUUUUCUGUAAUCCCUGUAGCAUGCAACAAGUGGCAUGGCGCUGUUUUAGAAUGAAAAUACAAGAAAUAAAAGAUGCGCCAAAGUAAUAGCCAGUGCAAAAA